AUGGUUGUUUGCGUCUCCCUGCUCUCCCUCAAGUUCGAGGCAACUACCUGUAGCUUACUGAGAAGUUGUGUAUUAAAGCGGGGGUUUGUUGUGGCGACUCCACGUUGUAAUGGAGGCCACACCGAAGCCGAACUUUACGAAUUUUUGAUGAUUUUUUUUGCCGAGCGGAAGGGCUCGAGCAAGUUUUUGUUACCGUUUUUUCAUGCACAUGCGCGUUUAGGUUCACUAUUACUUGAAAUUUUUUCUUUCUCUGUUUCCCUCAAGGAAAGUGUCACCUCGUCCUGCUCAUUCCUUUAUUUUCUAACCCAAGAGGCGGGAAAGAGAAAGACAAAGAACAAGAACAGAGAGCAGCAUCAGACACGCUUGCCCGCUCUUUGGACUAUACUGUUCUUUUAUCAUGUAGAAUUUUCAGUUUUAUUCUUUUUUUCACUUCAUGUUCUUUUUGUCUUAGAUGCACUUUCUGCAUUCGCUUGUGGUCGUCGUUGUUCCAAGAUAGAGUUAGUGGCACGACGCGGCAGCUGCAGCCCUCCUGCCGAGCGUAAUGCAAAGGUGCACAGAUGAUAAGUAGAACGACCUAUCAUUAAUCACCUUUUUCAACAUUUUUUCGAGUUACUUCAGGGUAAUAGCAAUUAAGUAGAGGUUUAGUUUUGAUGGAUGAUGACCACGAUAUCAAAUGAAAAAAUGUCUGGGUCUGGAAGAUUGCAACUUGUCAUGCUAAAUCUGAAGCACGCAAAAAUCUGUGUUGCAUGAUUACCAAAAGUCGUCCAGUUUUCACCAAGUCGGGAGGGAGUUUCUCAUGCAGGAUAGGCAUGAGAGAGAUCGCACAGAGUCUGUCUUGCUAGGUCCUGCAUUCCAGACCUCAUGGGUCAUGGAAAAGCAGCAUGACAAAUCGCGCAUUCUUCCAGACGCAGACACUUUUGCAUUUGAUACACGAUAGCCCAGCACGAUUUCUAGGGUCGCGUAUUUCACAUAGCCUGUGGCUCCUGCGUGAUUACAACACAUGAAAGAUGGAAUUCAACCGAUUCAAUAACACCAUGGGGCAGUAGAGCGGAGCCUGAAGUUUGUUUAUGUAUGAUAAUCUUCAGGUGCUAGACCUAGACGAGUAGACGAAGCUUUGAUUUCUGAUUUUGUAUCCUUUUUGUCUCAUCGCGUAACUUCUACCUGAUGGGCGUCGUGCAUCUUCGCAGUGGCAGCUUUUUCACACCAAGAAUGGUGGUUCUCGUUUGUGAUCAUCGGGGAAAUUGUCAUGUCAGCUUUAGAUUGAUGCAUAAGAUGCAAAACUGCUUUCUUCGCCCUCUGUCUAGCCGUAGUCGUAAGUAUAGAUGCGAAGUAGUCGUGUGGGUCGUCGUCGUGCGAAUAAUAUGGGUCCUGACUCCAUCGUGAUUCGCUUUAGUAAAGGCUAUUUAAGGAACUGGAACAAAUCGAAAGCAUUUCACGGGGAGAUAUAAAUGAAAAAAUC